GAAUCCGCUCCUGGUUUUCCUGCUCCGCUCAUCGCAGUGUAUACCUUCCCUGAGUCCCCAACACUCCAGCAUUGCUGUGCAAGCAGAUGUUCUUUCUCUGAUGCCAAUCCUUAACAUUUUUUUCGCAUUUGGAGAAGGUAUACUUUCGCGAGAAGGCUGCAAAGUGACAAGAAACAACAAGAAACUGCCACACUCCUCCUCAGUGAGAGAGAGAGAGACAAGGAGACAGUUGUGAACGGACAUCGGGGGCUUUUGGAAAAAUACAGUACAGUGAAACCCGCGGCGGCGGCAGCAGCAGCAGCAGCAGCGGCGGCAGAGAGAGCGAGGCAGCACUUUAUUUACCACACCUGUGAUGCGUUGUUCUGAGCAACGAAGACGCAAGACCGGGAUACUGAUGGUCCACGCUACGGCAGGAGGAUAUGUGUUGAGGAAAAGACUUGGGCGUUGUAAAGAGAAAAAAAAAAACAGGCGUUUACUUGUUUCAGAGGACACUCUUUCGGACCUGAAAAAGCUCAGUGUGUCAGUGUUUCUUCUCUGCUCCUUGCCCUUUUUCCUUAAAACUUAGGUGAUUAAAAAAACACACACACACACGAAGAUGCCCUUACUUCUGGGCCCCUUUGUCCGCUGUAGGUUCAGCGCUACUCUCCUUGUGCUCUGGCUCGUCUUCGCUGGCUUCACCUGCACUGGUUCCGAGCACACCGCCACAGCAACACUCCCCGCCGCCUUCUCGGACCUGUUACCUCACUUCCAGGUGGAGCCGGUGGACGAGUACAUUGUGAAGAACAAGCCGGUGACACUGACCUGCCGCUCCACCCCGGCCACGCAGAUCUACUUCAAGUGCAAUGGCGAGUGGGUUCACCAGGACGACCACUUGAUUGAGCGGACGGUCGACCCAGCCACAGCGCUGCCAGUCAUGCAGGUGACAAUUGACAUUACUAGACAGCAGGUGGAGAAGAUCUUCGGUCUGGAUGAGUACUGGUGUCAAUGUGUCGCCUGGAGCACCACUGGAACCCAGAAGAGCCAAAAAGCAUACAUCAGAAUUGCUUACCUGAGAAAGAACUUUGAGGAGGAGCCACAGGGCAAAGAGGUGGCAUUGGACCAGGAGGUGUUACUGCGCUGCCAUCCCCCCGAGGGAGUGCCACAAGCUGAGGUGGAGUGGCAGAGAAACGAGGAUGUGAUUGACCCAGCGAGUGACCCCAAUUUUUUCAUCACGACCGACCACAAUCUCGUCAUCAAAAAAGCCCGGCUGGCGGACACGGGCAACUACACGUGUGUGGCCAAAAACAUCGUUGCUCGCCGCAAAAGCACCUCUGCCACGGUCCUAGUCUAUGUCAACGGCGGCUGGUCCACGUGGACCACCUGGUCGUCCUGCAGUGCUGUGUGUGGGCGUGGCUGGCAGAAGAGGAGUCGGAGCUGCACCAAUCCCACGCCACUGAAUGGAGGCACAUCCUGUGAGGGGCAGAACAUCCAGAAAAGUGCCUGUGUGGCCACCUGUCCAGUGGAUGGAGGCUGGAGCGAGUGGAGCAAAUGGUCGGCGUGCGGUGCUGACUGUUCGAUGUGGAGGAGCAGGGAGUGCACCCAGCCCUCACCUGGCACCGGGGGCAAAGACUGCCAGGGGCUCGACCUCCAAUCUCUCAACUGUACCAGCGAGCAGUGCCCACAGACUGUGAGUGGGGCCGAGGACGUGGCGCUCUACGUGGGCAUGGUGGCGGUGGCCCUGUGCCUGACUCUGCUGCUCAUCGUGGUGGUCCUGGUCUACCGGCGCAAGAAGGAGGGCCUGGAUGCCGACGUGGCGGACUCCUCCAUCCUCACCACUGGCUUCCAGCCCAUGGGCAUCAAGCCCAGCAAGCCAGGUGUGUGGGCACCGCGGCCACGCAGGCCUCCCCCCCACAGCAAGAAUUCCCAUUUGCUCACCAUCCAGCCCGAUCUAACCACCACCACCACAAGUUACCAAGGCACCCUGCGCUCUCGCCACGACACCACCGGGAAGUUUUCUAUGACUAACGGGCCCCUGCUGGACCCGCUCCCUAACGGCUCGCACACUCUGCACAAUGGCAAGCUUAACUCAGACCCCGCUGAGUUUGUGAGCAGGCUGUCCACUCAGAGCUACUUCAAAACGCUGCCCCGCGAUGUGGCUAACACCUCCUAUGGGACCUUCAACUUUCUGGGAGGGAGGCUGACAAUUCCCAACACAGGAAUCAGUUUGCUCAUUCCUCCGGAGGCCAUCCCCAGAGGAAAGAUCUAUGAGAUUUAUCUCACUGUUCAGAGGAAGGAAGAUUUAAGGUUACCCCUGGCUGGCUGCCAGACCCUGCUCAGCCCCGUUGUGAGUUGUGGCCCUCCGGGGGUGGUCCUGAGCCGGCCGGUUAUCCUCAGCAUGGACCACUGCUCUGACGCAUGCCUCGAUAACUGGGCCGUCCGCCUCAAGAAACAGAACUAUGAGGGCGCUUGGGAGGACGUCCUGCUGAUGGGGGAGGAGCUGGUGUCAGAGCCCUAUUACUGCCAGCUUGAGGCCGAGACAUGCCGGCUGUUCUCCGAGCAGCUGGGCACCUUCGCCCUGGUGGGAGAGUCCCUGCACAUGGGCGCUGCCAAGCGCCUGAGGCUGGUGCUCUUCUCCGACGCGUACUGCUCCACACUGGAGUACAACAUCAGGGUGUACUGCAUGGACGACACGCAGGACGUCUUCAAGGAGGUGAUGCAGAUGGAACGGCAGCUCGGGGGUCGGCUGAUUGACGAGCCUCACGUCCUGCUUUUCAAAGACAGCUACCACAACCUGCGCCUGUCCAUCCAUGACAUGCCCCUGGCGCACUGGAGGAGCAAGCUGCUAGCCGGCUACCAGGAGAUCCCGUUCUACCACAUCUGGAACGGUUCCCAGCGGUACCUGCACUGCACGUUCACUCUGGAGCGGCUCAGCCUCAGCACCUGUGAACUCACCUGCCAGCUGUGCGUGUGGCAGGUGGAGGGGGAGGGACAGAGCUUUAGCCUCGACUUUAACAUCGCCAAGGACACCCGAGCCGUGGACUCUGAGUUUCUGUUAAUGGACAGUAACGCCACAGCUCUGGCAGGACCCAGCGCCUUUCAGAUCCCGUACCUCAUCCGGCAGAAGAUCUGCAGCAGCUUGGAUGCCCCCUGUCCCAACGGAGCCGACUGGAGAAUGCUAGCACAAAGACUUAAACUUGAGAGACACAUGAGUUUCUUUGCAUCCAAAGCGAGCCCAACCUCUGUGAUCCUGGACCUGUGGGAAGCACAGCAUUUCCACAGCGGCAACAUCAACCAGCUGGCCACGGUCAUGGCUGACAUUGGCAAACAGGAAGCCAUGAUUUUCCUGGUCUCUGAUGGAGAGUGCUAACCCAGAAAAGGGGGAGAGACUGUGCGUAGAGGAAAAAGUACACAACAACAACAACACACACACACACACACACACACAAAGAAAUCGACAAUAACCGCAGCAAUGGAAAAGCAAAGCUGCCCCAAUGCCCCUCUUCUUCACUUUAGAAGGUAGCAGAGGGUUUGUGUAGGAUUGAGUCCCUAUUUCCCUUCGAACACAAUAAAAAUCUUUUAAUGACAGACCAAAUGAGGGAAGAGAUAAGAGUUUAGGUGUGUGGGGGAAAUGUAUUCAUGAACUCAGUAAAGAAAAUACCCUUUAUUUUCCGUCAAAGAUUGAAGUUAAAUUAGUCCACACCCUGGUUCUACAUUAAAGAUCACAUUAAAUUAACUUCAUGCCUUUUAUAUAAAUAAGCCAUUUGUGGCUAAUGAGGAGCAAUAUGCAAACAUAAUUACCAACAUCCAAUAUUGCGAAUUCAAGGAAUAAUUUUUUAAGUUAUGUAUUAAAUAUGAAGUAAAAGGGAUGUGACAAAAGGUGAAAGGUCAUUUCAGGUUCAGGCGACAUAUGCAAUUGGCAGGUUCGUUCUCUGACAUCAUCUCACACCGAACGCAUUUUCAACAAGGUCAUCAAGGUCUGUGAGCGUCCCUCUCCCCUCCCUCCUAUGUGUCGUUAUCUGUUUCUUAAAACACUCACACAUUCACACAGGCGGCUUGUAGCACAUCCUGAAUUUGCAGGUUUAAGACAGAUUGUAUGUCAGAGCCCCAAAAACCUGUCUCAUCUUGUUUGUGUGUGUGUGUGUGUUUUUUUUUUUUUUUUGUUUUUUUUUUAAGUCCAGCCGGUAUCACUACUGUGAAUGUAACAUCUUGACAUCUUGAUUCAGCGAGACGCUUCGCAGCUUUCCUGCUUCUAAAUCGAUAUAUGUGGGGUUUGGGUUCUUUGAACUUUUUUUUUUUUAAGGGAGGAGUGAGUAAUAUCUUCACUAAAGUCAUAUUUCAGAAGCCAUUUCUAUUUAAAGCCUGAGAGUUUGAUCCUUCCAGUAUUUUUCAAUCUUCACCCGCUCAUUGCUGCUUUUCAAAUUCCACAGCUAAUGAAGGAGCCAUAGGGCCGAAAGGCGUUCCAGCUGCACACGUGUGGAUGCUGAAUGUCUCAUUUCAAACUCAAACUCAUUUCUGACGUGACAUUUUCCCCUUGAUUACAUUAAUUCGGUUGCAGAGAACAUAAAAACAUGGCCAAAAGGGUUAUUAUCCCACAUGAAUAAUGCAGAGCACUUUCCUACAGAAAUUCUGACAACAAAUUCUUCAAAAUCUUCACCAGAUUCCUCAUGGGGAAAGAGUCAUUGUGCAGCUUUGUUUUUAUAAUUCAUAAAGCAAUGUUGGAGGGAAUUCUAUAUUUGCUGUGUGGCAAAAUAGUAUUUCCACAUCAGAGAAAUGCCUGUCUCUCAGAGAAAGUUUCGAGUGGCUUAUUCAUACUGUCACGCCUCUACUCACAAAAGAUGCUAUGAGAGGGUUUUUUUUUCUGUUUUUAUUAUUUCUAACCAACAAGGCAAAAAUAAUCCAGCACAUUCAUGCAACAAACCAUAAACUGCAACGACACAUUUGCUUAUUUUUAUAUUUUGCUGCUUUGCUUUGUUUUUUUUAAAUUAUUAAUGGAUCUGUCAAUUCAGGCAGCAUAAACAUAGAGUAUCUUUAAAGUCCACUGAUUCAGUAAUUAUACUAAGAUAUCAGCCAUCCCAAAUUAGCCAUAGUUCUCUCUCCGUCUGCCUCAGGGUUGCAUGUGAAGUUUGUCUGUUAAAAGUUGUAAAGAGAGCCCUUCUCAUUAACCCCCUCUUACUCAAUCAGCUAGCACAGCCCAUCCCACCAGCUCCUGUGGCUUCAACCUUUAACACUGACUGGAGCCUCAUUUAUGAUUGUCUGAUAUUUGGAAUGUACAUUUUUUGUUUCUGUGUAGUGGGGGGGGGUCUGUCUUUCUUUCUUUUGUUUUUAUAUGGCAUCUCAGCAACCUGUCAACUCCUUCAGCUUCUCUUUCAUCACAAUGAACACGCCUCCUCUUGACCAACAACACUUUUUACUGUAUUAUUUGACGUAGAUGCCAU